AUGCCCGCAGUUUUAGAGGAUUACCAAAAGAACUUUUUGGAUUUGGCAAUUGAGAGUCAAGCUCUCAGAUUUGGUCAGUUCACUCUCAAAAGUGGACGUAAAUCGCCAUAUUUCUUCAAUUUAGGGCUCUUCAAUACUGGUAAGUUGUUAUCGAAUUUAGCAACAGCAUAUGCGAUUGCCAUUAUUCAGUCCGAUAUAAAGUUUGAUAUUAUCUUCGGACCUGCUUACAAGGGUAUCCCAUUAGCAUCAAUCGUUUGUGUUAAAUUAGCAGAAAUCGGUGGAUCUAAAUUUCAAGACGUCCGUUAUGCGUUUAACAGAAAGGAAGCUAAGGAUCAUGGUGAAGGUGGUAACAUUGUAGGUGCAUCCUUGGAAGGUAAGCGUAUUUUAAUUAUUGACGAUGUCAUGACUGCGGGAACUGCCAUUAAUGAAGCAUUUGAAAUUAUUACCGCUAAUAAAGGUCAUACUGUUGGUUGUAUUAUCGCUCUUGACAGACAAGAAGUUAUCAGUACGGAAGACAGAGAAGGUUUGAGUGCAACCCAGUCUGUGAGUAAAAAAUACGGUAUUCCGGUUUUAAACAUUGUAUCUCUUUCACACAUCAUUAAUUACCUCGAGGGCAGAAUUUCUGCGGAUGAGAAGAAAGAAAUUGAGGAAUACCGCAACACUUAUGGGGUGUAG